UGUAAGCAACUUGACCUUGCCUGUCUUUGUAAUGCAGGUGGCCAUUCUGCAAUAGGCCUCACAAUUCUAACUAAAUUUUUAGCCUUAAAAUUCACCAAGUUCCCAAACUGAUGUUAUAAUAAAUCCUGGUCUUAAAGAAGGAUCAAGGACAAUACUCAUCAAAGAAUGAGGUUCUUUGCUUUCACCUUGGCAGUUCUACUGCUUAUUCAAGCUUUUUCUAUAGAGUCAAGACACAUUCGAGAAAAGCAUUCAAAAGAAAAAAAGGUCACCAAACAUCAUGCUAACCAAGAAAAGGAAGAUAGAGAAUCAGAGGUUGAAAAUGAUAAUCAAAGAAAUUAUAACGAAGAAGAUGAAGAGGACGAAGACCAGGAGAUUCCACAAGAAGAAGAGGGAUCAACUGAUGAGGGUAGUACAAGAACGUUAGAAGAAGAUGAUGACGAAGAUCAAGAGGCGGAUGCCAGAGAUGGGGGAGCAGUACCACCACAAGGUGGAGCAGCUGCACAGCAACAACAACAACAGCAGCCCAUGCAGCAACAAGGACAAAGCCCCUACGGUGCACAGCAGAUGACAGCUCCAGGAAUGCAACAGCAAGGCAUGCCUGGUCAGCAGCAAGCCAUGCCUGAUGGCACACAAAGUGGUACUAUCAUGAUCCCAGGAGGUGGUGGCUGUCCAGCUCCAUGCCAGCCUGGUUGUUCCCCUGCUUGCACGCCUCAGUGUUGCCAGCCUCCUCCAAUGAUUGCAUUGGAGCCAAUCCCACAAAUGAUAAGGCCUGCAAAGUGGUUUGAGCGACCUAGAUACCAACCUGGUCCACCAGUACCUCCUCCACCAGCACCUCCUCCAACAUUCACGCUUAGCUGCCCAACACCAUGUGCACAAACCUGUGCUCCUGCCUGCACACCAUCAUGCUGCCAAGCAACCUUCCCUCCACCACCCCCACCAAUGAUGAUGAUGCCCCCACCUCCACCUCCUCCAGUCUUCAUGCCACCACCACCAAUGCCAGCAAUGGGAUGCGCUCCACAAUGUAACCCUGCAUCCUGUGGUCCAAGCUGCCCAUCAUUUUGCUGCGCAAGAUACAUUUAAAUGAUAGGCCUUUGACUUAGGCCUAUUUUUACAAUACUAAUGCAAUAAAAGAUGAAAGUUUUUUGUACAACUUUUGGAAAAUAGGAGAGGAUAGAUUAUUGCUAUUUUACUAGCCCUGUGUUGGUUUUCUUCAAACAGCUGAUACUAAAACAUAUCAUCAAUGUGUUAAAAAGUUGCAGACAUUAGGUACUGUUCAUAAGCAUUAUUUUGAUCAAAAUGCUAUAUUUGAGAGAAUUCAUGUGCAAUGAAUCAAUGACCUCCGUUUUUAUGCGUUUAGAAAAAGCUCUAGAAAAAUAUUGUACAAAGAACGAAUCAAUUAUUCAUUUCUGUGAAAUGACUACAUUGGAAAUUUCUGAAUUUCGUAUAUUAUGAUGUGCAUUUAUCAAUAAAAGUUGUAAGUAACAUUUCUUAUCUUACAACGUAGAAUAAUCCAAAAGAUGUAAUAGAAAAAUGUAUGAACCUUUAACAGAAUGGCAACCCCACCUCACUUAUACACAGCUUGGCAGAGGGAUGCUUCCCCAAGUUGGAAAACACACUGUUAUCAAUAGGAAAUCCCCUAAUCGACACUUAUUAAGCCUCGUUUACAGAUAUUGUCUCUAAUCUCAUUUGGAUAAUGGUGUUAUAUGUGAUGUUAUAAUUUGAGGUUUGAUGUACAAACAGACAAUUAUGUAAAAUAUGGUUAUAGAUUAUUUUCUUAUGAA